CAGACUGUGAGAACCUCCAACCAGACCUAGACCCACACAUUCAUAUGGAGAUUAGGAACUAUAUAAAGGAGGGCUGAAGCCAGGAGAGACCAGAUUCUCUCUACAGAGACCUCUACAGCACAGAGAACCACACAUGGCUCCUACAAUCACUUCAGCAAUGACUUCUUCCCAGGACCACCUAACCGUGACCCACAAGAUCAGAAAGCCGCUGGUGGAAAAGCUACGCAGAGAGCGAAUCAACAGCAGCAUUGAGCAGCUCAAGUCUCUGCUGGGUCCAGAGUUCCUCAAACAAGAACCUGACUCCAAGAUGGAGAAAGCAGACAUUCUGGAGAUGACAGUUGACUUCCUGAGACAACUGGAGCUCUCUCGCCAUGGAAACUCUGUCACAGGUUUAACAGCUGCCAACCAGGGUCACUCCAGGUGUGUCCAGGAGGUGGUCCACUUCCUGUCUAAGGAUGAGGUGAAGACACUAUCCAACAGAAUAAUGUUGGAUCACUUCCAGAACCUUCGGACCUCAUCUGAUACAAGGCUGACUGAGAGUGGUUCACUUCAGCUGAGCUCUCCACUCAAGAACAAUAUCACCAAAGAGAAGAGUUCAGUUAACAGCGCCGUCUGGAGGCCCUGGUAGAAACCUACACACUGGAGGUACCAGACA